UGGAGGAGGCACCCGUCGUCGGGCACAGCCCACUCUUGAGGAGCAGCGCCAGACUUGCAGCAAAAACACCAGGAAUCAAGUGGACCGAUGGCGAGGAAGGCAUCGAGCGAGAGACGAGGAAGAUGAACAUGUACACGGCUAUCCGUGAAGCGCAAGCAAACGCCCUCGCGAGUGACGCAACCGCCUGCGUCUUCGGCGAGGACGUCGCGUUCGGCGGCGUUUUCAGGUCCACGAUGGGCUUGGCGGAAGAGUUUGGUAAGGACCGUGUAUUCAACACGCCUCUGUCCGAGCAAGGCAUUGUUGGUUUUGGCAUCGGCAUGGCCGACUUGGGGCACACUGCAAUCGCUGAGAUCCAGUUUGCAGAUUAUAUAUUCCCUGCCUUUGAUCAGAUCGUCAACGAGGCCGCAAAAUACAACUACCGCAGCGGCGGUCAAUUCUCUGCCGGCAAGCUCACCAUCCGAACACCCUGCAUGGGGGUUGGGCACGGUGCGCUCUACCACUCCCAAAGUGUCGAGCAGUUCUUCAUGGCUGUUCCCGGCCUCAAAGUCGUAAUCCCAAGGUCGCCGAUCCAAGCAAAGGGGUUGUUGCUCGCGUCCAUUCGUGAUCCAAAUCCGGUCAUCUUCCUAGAGCCAAAGGUACUGUACAGAUCCUCGGUCGAGCAAGUACCCAUCGACGACUACACCCUACCUCUGUCGUCCGCCGAAGUCCUACAACAGGGAAAGGACAUCACUCUGCUAUCUUGGGGCGCACCACUCUACUCCUGUGUUCAGGCCAUCAAUGCACUCCGCAACCCGACUGGCGCACUAGCAGAUCUCAUCCCAAGCGACGUGCGAGAUGCUGAAGUCGAGCUGAUCGAUCUCCGUACCAUUCUGCCUUGGGAUCGCGAAACCGUGGCCAAGAGCGUGUCGAAAACGGGCCGCUGCGUCAUUGUGCACGAAGCACCCGUCACCCAGGGCGCCGGCGCAGAGAUCGGCUCGUUCUUGCAAGACAAGUGCUUCCUCAACCUCGAGGCCCCGAUCUGCCGCAUCGGAGGAUGGGACACUCCCUUCCCUCAUGUCCACGAAACGUUCUACAAGCCCGAGCUAGUCCGAAUCAUUGAUGCGCUCGUCCGUACCCUCAAGUACUGAGGCAGGCGCGGUGGCAAACAUCCGACCUUUCUGCCUGUCUUCAAUCUGCCAUCUGUUGUAGUUUACAAAGCAUCUGAAACAAACGUGGAAGCGUGAAGGAGUCUCGCAGCGGACUAGGGC